ACACCGCCAUCACGAACACAGGCGGGAGAGUGUCUGCCCAGCCAACGGAUCCUCUCGGCUCGCUCCGUUUUGCUCCAGCCACGCACCGCGAUGCAGCCGCAGCCCAGGCCUAGGGCAUGGCAGCCGAUCCCAGGGCGGUCGCCAGCCAUUCCCCGAGCAGCGCCCCGGCCUGCAUGGAGGCCUGGCCUCCAGAAGGCCCCGGCUGUCAGCGCGGUCAGCCCAAGGCCGCAACUCCAGCCCCAGGUCGUGCCGCGAGCGCCAUCUAACGUGCAGGUGAAGACAGAGCUGCAGGCUCCGCAGGCGCAGCGUCCGCAGCAGGCGCCGCAGGUGCCGCGUCCGCAGCAGGCGCAGCAAGCGCCGCGCCCGCAGCAGGCGCAGCCGGCGCAGCGUCCGCAGCAGGCGCAGCAGGCGCAGCGUCCGCAGCAGGCGCAGCAGGCGCAGCAGGCGCAGCAGGCGCAGCAGGCGCAGCGUCCGCACCAGGCUGGCCCUGUCCAGGCUAGCCAGGCUAGCCAAGCUAGCCCUGCCACAGGGAAGCUGCCGGGUCUCAAAGUAUCGACGACAGAGGCCUGUACCAUUGUCGGCAUCCUGGUUGGUGACUACGUGGAUGUUGGUGCCAACCAUGGCAGGAGGUACUAUGAGCGUAUCGGUACUGGGGCUGACAAGGUUUUCCUGUACUUCUGGGAUAAGAGGGACGGCGUUGAUCAAAGCGGUUGGUGGUUUGGCAGCGAGCUGGGCGGCUUGCAGGUUUGGGCAAGACACGCUGCGCAUUCGCUGACGCCGCCUCGUACGGGCUGGAAGGUGCCCUGGGACGAUCCGAAGUCGCCAGAUGAGCUCUUGGUGGAGCUGCAGGCUGCAACGAGCGCGCAGAGCCCGGUUGGUUCUGAAGCAGUGGCCUUACUCGAAUCUGGGCACUUGACAGCCGGCCAAAACCAUUUCUGGUUGGGUCCAAAGGCGCAGAAGACUCAGACGCCUCAGAAGCCUGAAACAAGCGCUGUGGACAAGACUCGCGAAGAGGUGGAGCAAGCGGUGGAGUUUGUGAAGGCAGCGGUGCAGAGGUGCACAGCCGUUCUGGGCGCCAAGUCUGGCAUCCAGCAGUUGGAGGAGCUCCUGGAGCUUCUGAAGCAGCGCCAGCAGUUUCUGCUCCAGGCCUCCAGGACCACGGAGCUGCGCAUCGGUGCUGCUCGCUCGGAAGGGGGAGACUCAAAACAGCUGCUGCAGCUGCAGACCCAGCUGCGGUCGAUGCAGGCGCAGCUGGCCACGCAGCUUCGAAAGGUCAGUCUUGCCACAAUGCAAGCCAAGAACGAGUCUGCCAAGACGGGCGCCAAGAACGAGCCUGCGAAGAGCCAGCCUGCGAAGAGCCAGCCUGCGAAGCCGCCGAAGAGCGUGUUCAUGACUCAAGUAAAGGUUGAGUCCACGACCGCUGAAGAGCCGCAGCCUCCGGCGCCAGUCGAGGCGCCCCAGGCGCAGGUGGCGCACACCGACCCACAGGCGCAAGCUACCAGCGCCGAGGAGGCAGUGAAAGAAAUCGAGGAGUCUCUGCGCAUCAUCUUGGACAUGGCAGAGCCGUUAAUGAACGAGGAAUCCCCAUCGGAGGUUGGAAUCUUCGAGGUGGAGAGUGCUGCUCGGGACCUUCUGCAGCACGCGGCGUCGGCGCGCCGCCACUCCUCGACCUUCUCACAGGUGACGCGUCAGGUGCCUGCGGCCUUGCGGCAGAAGUGGCUGACCCAGUCCACGCAAUUGAACCAGCGCCUCCAAGAGGCCACCAAGCAGCUCGAGCAGCUGAAGACUUUCAACCUGCGUUUCAAAGAGCGUGCACUGGCACGGCAGUCAGUGGCACCACUGGAGAAGGAGUUGAACGGCCUUGAGCUGGAGGUUGAGAAGGUCGCCAUGAUGACGUCUCUUUCUGACCAAAUGCAGAUGUGCGAGGAGGAGGUGGAAGUCGCGAACCAGCUGCUCAACAAAGCGAUGCCACAGCUGCAGAAACUCCAUCAGCAGCUUUUGCCGAGGCUGAAGGCCGCUACGGGCAAACAAGCCCUUCACAGUGAGCUCUCGCGGCUGAAGGCCAAGGUGGACGAGCUCAGGAGCAAGGUGGAGCAGCUCCUGAAGCAAGUGGCCAAGCAGCGUGCCGGGAUCUCCUCCAAGAAGGUCUUGGAGGAGGCUGCAGCGAAGGUCUCGCAAGCCGAAGAGAUGCUCAUGAACUGCUCAGAGGCUGAGCUUCCCUUCCUCAAAGGCAUAGAGGUUUUGCCGAAGGAGGAGUCGCGGGAGGCGAUCCGGGGCUGCGAGGCGGCGGAGGCUGCAGCGCAGAAGGUGGCCAAGCAAGCGGAGGCCUUCAUCCGCCCGAAGCUGGCAGAGGCGAAGCGCUUGAGCAUGGAAAGCUCGGCGCAAGAGCUGCAGCAGCUACUGGACUGUCUGGACACUGUGUAUCAGAAGCUGAAGGAUUUCAAGCAGGAAAUGGAGCAGCGGAGAAACACGGGCGAGCUGGCAGACGUGCUGCUGGCGGUACAGCAGGCUGAGACCAAGUUGAAUGACCUCUCCGGCUGCACGGAGCAGCUCCAGAAGGGAGUGGAGUUGCCAGCGGCCGAGCUGCGGGAAGUGCUGGAGAAGGCGCCCAAGAAGCAGCAGGAGCUUCAAGCAGCACUGACCAAUGCAUUGAAGCACUUGGCCAGCUCUCAAGCCCCGCCGCCGCGAAAAGAGGACCUGAAAGUCCGCAUCUCCAAAAUGAACCAGGAGUCGACCAAACACCGCGUGGCCAUCACGCAAGCCAGCAAUCUGGUGAAGAGCGCGGAGGUGCUCGAGGAGCGGCGCACUCGGACCGAGGACUUGGAGGGGCGGCUGAAGCAGCUGCAGGAGCUGACUUCUGCAGAGGAUCCCACUGAAGAGAAGAUCCUCGAGGAGCACAAGCUGGUGGAGGCUUUCCAGAAGGACCUCAAGGCGGCGAUGAAUGCCGCCCAGCUGGCUUCGGUGGACACAACGCUCAAGGGCCAGAUGCAGGAACUGCUCGAGAGGAAGCGCCAGGUGCAGUCACAGCUCGCCAAGCUGGUGGCCGGCUCCAAGGUGCGCCGCGAGGGCGCGCAGGCGGAGACCUGGCUGCGGCAGAUGCGGGAGCGCCUGGAUGAGCUGCAGAGAUUCCACAGCCAGGCAGAGGAAGCGGAGCUGCCCUUCCUGAAAGGUCUGGAUGUGAUUCCAGAGGAAGAGGCCACAGCAGCUCUCAACACCACAGAGCAGGUCAUUGAGAAGCUCGAGGUUGGCGUUUCAGAAGCCCGAACCUUCAUCGCCAGCAAGAGUCUUGCCGUGCGGAGCAUGGCGAAGGCAGCGAAGCUGCAGGCGGAGCUGACGAAGGGCAACACGGAGCUGCUGAAGCUGGUGUCGCAGCUCUCCCAGAUGCGCAAGGCGCUGCAGUCCCGGCGCAAAGCCACGCUGCAGCAGAGCGCAGAGCGCAGAAUCACCGCCUUCCAGAAGGCUGCUGAGGAGCUGGAGGCAACAGCUGGGCAGGAGCCAGGCACUGAGGAGGAAGAGUUGGAACACUGCCAGGGUCGGCGGCAGGAGGUGCAGAAUGCGGAGAAAUUGGCGGCCUCGGCCAAAGAAGCCCUGGCGGCCUGCAAGAGCCUGCCGCUUCAGGCGAAGCUCACGAGCGCGGCUGUGAAGCUGAACGGCUGCAAGCAGAAGCUGCAGGAGCUCGAGCGCCGCUGUGCGGCACCCAGGGUGCUCCUGGAGGUCAACAAAGCGCUCGAAGAAAUGGAGUCAGAGGUGCGGCAGGCAGACGCGGCAGCUAGCAGUCUACUGGCGCCGGACGCGAUCCAAGCAGAGCUUUGCCAGGAAGCCCUGGCGGCUGUGCUUCGUGACAAGGGUGACGCAGCCCAGCUGUUUCGAAAACUGCGUGGAAACCAGCAGAGGGUGGCUCCCGAAGCGCUGCUUUCACAUGUGAUGACCUUGAAGCCGGACCUGGAGCUAUCAGAGGAGCAGCGAUCUGCGUGGCUGGCACGAGAGGCCCUGGACCUCCAGGCGCUGCAGCAGCUGCUGCGGCGCUGCGCCCGCUGCGGCGCCUCGGGGCGGCUUGCGUCAGGGGAGGAGUUGAAGCCUGGGGAUCUUGUGGCAAUUCGCUCGGAGAACGAGGAGGAGCUGGAGGUGGAGCUGCCUUGUGGAGCAGUCGGAGUCGCAACUGCCAAGAUCAAGGGCAAGCUGCCCCUGUGGCCCUGUGCCAGCUUCGAGUUCCGGUGCGAGCAACGUGAACGAGCUGUGCAGGAGGUGUCUGCGCGCGUGCAGCCACGGGCCUCAGAGCUGGCCCAGCAGGCAAAAGAUGUGGCUGCGGGGAAGGAUGAGGCGCGGGCAGACCUGCGGGCAGAGCUGGUGAAGCAGACUCCCAAGCUUCAGAUUCCGGUGGCGGCGCUCUCGCUUCUGCAGAAGAAGUUGGCCAUGGCCAAGCGGAGCUUUGCAAAGGCAGAGGCAGCUCAGCGUGACCAGCGCCUGGCCUUGCUUCAAAAAGGAGAGCAGGAGGAGCUUCUUGCCCCUGUCCGUGCCAAGCUUGAAGGGGCAGAGGCAUCCCUCGACGGGUUGGAGAAGAUGGCUGCAAAGGCAGAGAUGCCGCCUGACGCGCUGAAGGAGUCCGAAGCACAGAAGACACAUCUGCUGAGUGAGUUGGAGGAGGUGAAGGCGCAGGCACGGCAGCUCUUGGCAAGUACUCCGUCUGCGGGCAAGCCGCUGCUUCAGGAUCUACUGAAGCGGAUAAGCAGGGCACAUGUGCGAUGUACUUCAGCAGUGCGCUCCAUUGAGAAAGCCGUGGAGGCGGCAUGUGCAGCUAUGUCUGGGCAACCUGAAAAGGCAUCGCAGGCAGCAGAGGCUUUGGGUGCGCUGAAGCUGGCAGAGCUCACGAGCAAGUACAUGGCAGUGCAGAAGCCCAUCGCCCUGACCACCGCACAGGACAUUGCUCAGACCAAGACGGUGCGGAAGUUGGCGCCACCCGAAGUGUUGGAGAUCCUCGAGAGCUCCAACGAGGGCAUGGAGCGCGUCAGGGCACGCUGUGUCCGCGACGGCCUGGAGGGCUGGGUCACGGUGAAGGGCAACCAGGGCACCACGUUCCUCGCGAAAGCGUCCAAGCCGUUCUUGGUGGCCUGUGAGGAGACGGUGAUGGAGGGCACCACCAUCCCAGCCGGCGAAGUCCUCGAGCUGCUGGAGGGACCCAAGUCGACCCAAGCCAUCACCAAGAAAGCGCAGGGCAAGGCACUGUCCGACGAUGCAGCUGGCUGGUUUACCGUGGUGGACAAAUUUGGCGAGGUCCACGCUGAAGAGGUAGCGGGUUUGUACAAAUGCUGCUCUCCAGCCGCUCUGACUCGAGAGCUGAGCCUCCAGAGUGAAGCCGUGGGCAGGGUGGCCAAGGGCAGCUGCCUGAAGUUGGAGGAGGGACCUCUGGAGGAUUCAUCCACAAAGAUGAUGCGAUUGAAAUGCAAAGUCUUCGGCUCUGACUUGACUGGCUGGGUCACCGUCAAAGGCAACGUUGGCACUGUCUUUGUGCAGCCCUGCGAGCGGACCUACGUGGUGCGGAAAGCAACAACCCUCGGCAAGAGGGAGCUCAAAGAGGGUGAGUUCUUACAGGUCAGCGAGCUGAAAGAGGAGUCGACGCCGUCCCAGCACCUGGCCAAAGUCAGGUCUCAGAGCGGAAGCGAGGGCUGGGUCGAGAUGCAUAAAAGCGCGGUGAAGCCGUGGACGCGGCAGUACAAGGCGCUCAUCCCCCAGGUCCUCCGUCGGGAGAAGGAUUCAGAGGAUAUGGUCCGGCAGGUGAGCAAAGGCGAGACCUUCGUCGCCAUUGACAUGCCCAGCGCAGGCUUCAUCAAAGUGAAGGGGAAGAAGGACACAACAGUGGGCUGGCUCCGCCUGCAGAGUGAGGGUCGGAGGAUGCUAGAGUUUUGAG